AUGCCAAACUUCACCAACCCCCAAACAUUCCCCACAUUCGCCGAGCUCCCCCCCUCUUCCACCCCCUCUCCCCCAACACCAUCAUGGUUCCUCCUAGCCCAGAUCAAGGAAAACAUGACGAUCACCAAACCCACGCUAGUCGUCCGCGACAGGUCGGGCACCGACUUCGCCGUGACGUUCGACGACGGCGACCACCACGGCUUGGACGGCAGCGACGGGACCAAGCUGCGCUUCCGCAAGGGGCACACGCUGGUCGUGCCGCGGGCGGCGCGGACGGAUCGGGGAGAGGGCAAAAAGGCGCUUGUGCGCGUGUCGGAGGGACGGGGGAGGGAGGUGAGGGUUUUGCCGGCGAGUUUGGAGAGGGUGGUUGGGUUGGGGGCGUUGGUGGAUGAGGAGGAGGAGGGGGGUGGGGAGAAGAAGAAGGGGUGUGCGGCGUGUGGGAAGGAGGGGGAGGUUGAGGGCGAGGGAGAGCGGAAGUUGAUGCGGUGUACGGGGUGUGGUGUUGUUGCGUAUUGUAGUAAGGAGUGCCAGGUACGCGGGUGGAAUGAGAUGGGGCAUAAGGCGGAUUGUAAGGUGCUUAAGGGUAUUAGGGAGAUAUGGCCUUGAUAUGAGCUCGGUGUUGAGUGUUACGAGAUGUUGGGUAUUACGGAGGGUUGAUACUGUGGUAAAGAGGCUUGGAGUCAGGUUUGAGGGUGAGUUGCGACGACAUGAAUCUCAUAUAGCUUUUAAUGCUAACAUUCUGGUAUAGACACUGGAAUACAUAAUAUCAAACUCAUGAACAUAUCAUGAACAUUCCUAGGUAA